AUGGAGGUGAAUAUGGGCUGCUGGUCAGGCACAAGACCUCCAUUGUCUUGCCUCACCAUCCUGCUUGUCAAGCUUUUGGCCUGCGUUUGCCAGGGGCUUCAAGGGACAGUACCACUCGGCUUUCACUUUACGCAUUCCAUUUACAAUGCUACAGUGUACGAGAACUCUGCAGCCAGGACCUACGUCAACAGUCCAAGCAGAAUGGGUAUUACACUAUCAGAUCUUUCAUGGGAUAUCAAAUACAGGAUAGUGUCUGGCGAUGAUGAAGGCUUUUUCAAAGCAGAAGAAGUGGUAAUUGCUGACUUCUGCUUUCUCAGAAUAAGAACUAAAGGUGGGAAUUCUGCUAUAUUAAACAGAGAAAUCCAAGAUAACUAUUUAUUGAUAGUAAAAGGGUCUGUCAGAGGAGAGGACUUAGAAGCAUGGACAAAAGUGAAUAUCCAAGUUUUGGAUAUGAAUGAUCUAAGACCUUUGUUUUCACCAACCACUUACUCUGUAACAAUAGCAGAAAGCACUCCUUUAAGGACUAGUAUUGCACAGGUGACAGCAACAGAUGCAGAUAUUGGGUCCAAUGGCGAAUUCUAUUACUACUUCAAAAACAAAGUUGAUCUCUUUUCAGUUCACCCAGCUAGCGGAGUUAUCUCUUUAAGUGGCCGGUUAAACUAUGAUGAGAAAAACAGAUACGACCUUGAAGUUCUGGCUGUGGAUCGUGGGAUGAAACUUUAUGGAAACAAUGGAGUAAGCAGCACUGCCAAGCUUUAUGUUCAUAUUGAACGUAUAAAUGAACACGCCCCAACCAUAAGUGUGGUAACCCACAUACCCUUUCCAUUAGACAAGGAGCCUACAUAUGCUGUUAUUAACAUUGAUGACCUAGAUGAAGGAGCUAAUGGGGAGAUUGAAUCUGUUUCCAUCGUAGCUGGAGAUCCCUUAGAACAGUUCUUUCUGGCUAAGGAGGGAAAAUGGAUUAAUGAGUACAAAAUCAAAGAGAGAAAACCCAUUGACUGGGACAACUUCCCCUAUGGUUACAAUCUUACUCUCCAAGCAAAGGACAAAGGGUCUCCUCAGAAGUUUUCUGCAGUCAAACUGGUCCACAUCGCUAGUCCCAAGAAAGAAAGUGUCCCAGUAAAGUUUGAAAAGGAAGUUUAUGAUGUGUCAAUCAGUGAAUUUUCCCCUCCUGGAGUAGUGGUAGUUAUAGUUAAGUUGGUGCCUGAACCAACGGGUGUGGAAUAUAUAAUAUCUCCUAAUCAGGAUGCUGAAUAUUUUAAGAUUAAUCCCAGGACAGGUCUAAUUAUCACCACUCACCCUUUGAAAAUCAUUGAGAAGGAACUCUAUGAGUUAGAAGUAGUAAACAAAGGCGGUGAUUUAAAAGCACAAGUUAUUGUCAGGUUAGAAGAUUCGAAUGAUCACACUCCAGAGUUCACACAGCCUUCGUACAGCUCCUUUGUCAAUGAAAGUAUUCCUGUAGGAACCAGCGUUUUGUCAGUUUCAGCAUUUGACAAGGACAGGGGAGAAAAUGGAUAUAUAACAUACAGCAUUGCCAGUCUGAAUUCACUGCCCUUUUCGAUAAACCAGUUUACUGGUGUUAUUAGCACCUCUGAAGAACUGGAUUUUGAGUCUUCUCCAGAGAGCUACAGGUUCAUUGUCAGAGCCUCCGAUUGGGGUUCGCCGUACCGUCAUGAAAGUGAGGUUAAUGUCACUAUAUACAUAGGCAAUGUCAAUGAUAACAAGCCGUUGUUUGAGAAAGUGGCUUGUCAGGGAGUGAUUUCAUCUGACUUUCCCAUAGGUGGUCACAUCACUGCUGUAUCUGCAAUAGAUAUAGAUGAGCUAGAACUAGUGAAAUACAAAAUAAUCUCUGGAAAUGAACUUGGGAUUUUUUAUUUAAAUCCUGACUCCGGUGUGCUGCAACUUAAAAAGUCUCUUGUUAAUUCUGGUAUAAAGAACAGCAAUUUUGGCCUUAAGAUCACAGCUACAGAUGGAGAGAAUUUUGCUGAUGCCAUGUUCGUUAACAUUUCAGUAGUACAUGGGAAAGUGUCUUCAAAGACCUUUAGCUGUAGAGAGACUAGAGUUGCUCAGAAGCUGGCAGAGAAAUUGCUCAAGAAGGCAAAAGCAAAUGUGAAGCUGAAUUUGGAAGAUGGCUUCCUUAAUUUUUAUUCGAUUAACAGACAAGCUCCACACUUUGAUAAAUCCUUUCCCUCUGAUGUAGCGGUUAGAGAGGACCUUCCAGUUGGUGCUAGCAUCCUGAAAAUAAAAGCCUAUGAUGCGGACUCUGGAUUUAACGGGAAGGUUGUCUAUACAAUUUCUGAUGGUAAUACAGAUAGUUGCUUUAACAUUGACAUGGAAACAGGGCUUCUUAAAGUUCUUAUGCCCAUGGACCGAGAGAAAACAGAGCUGUAUCUCCUUAACGUUACAAUUUAUGAUUUAGGUAAUCCCCAGAAAUCUACAUGGAGACUAUUGACUGUGACUGUAGAGGAUGCAAAUGAUAACAGUCCUGUUUUUUUACAGGAUAGUUACUCCGUUACUGUUUUAGAAAGCAUGAGUAUUGGUACAGAAAUGAUCCAAGUAGAAGCUAGAGAUAAAGAUCUAGGAUCUAACGGUGAAGUGACGUACUCAGUAUUGACAGACACACAGCAGUUUGCCAUCAAUAGUUCUACUGGAGUAGUAUAUGUGGCUGACCAACUAGACAGGGAAUCGAAAGCAAACUAUACACUAAAGAUAGAGGCCAGGGACAAAGCUGAGAUUGGCCAUCAGCAAUUUUCUGUUGUUCCUCUGAAGGUUUUUUUGGAUGAUGUGAAUGAUUGUUCUCCAGCUUUCAUUCCAUCUAGCUACAGUGUGAAGGUCCUUGAAGAUCUGCCAGUUGGCACUGUAAUAGCUUGGCUAGAAACUCACGACCCAGAUCUUGGUUUGGGAGGUCAAGUGCGUUACUCUUUGGUGAACGAUUACAAUGGACGAUUUGAAAUAGACAAAGCUAGCGGCACUAUCCGCUUGAACAAAGAACUCGAUUACGAGAAACAGCAGUUCUAUAACUUGACUGUGCGCGCAAAAGACAAAGGACGUCCAGUUUCCCUCUCUUCCGUUUCUUUUGUAGAGGUUGAAGUGGUGGAUGUUAAUGAAAAUCUCUACACUCCUUAUUUUCCUGACUUUGCAGUCAUUGGAACUGUAAAGGAAAACUCCCGCACUGGAACAAGUGUAUUGCAAGUGACAGCUCGAGAUGAAGACUCUGGAAGGGAUGGGGAGAUCCAGUAUUCCAUCAGGGAUGGCAGUGGCCUUGGAAGAUUUAGCAUAGAUGAAGAAACUGGAGUUAUCUAUACUGCAGAUGUCCUUGACCGAGAGACAACCAAAUCCUAUUGGCUAACAGUGUAUGCGACUGAUCGUGGUGUUGUCCCACUUUAUGCCACCAUCGAGGUCUAUGUUGAAGUUGAAGAUGUGAAUGACAAUGCCCCUCUGACCUCUGAACCCAUUUAUUAUCCGGCUGUCAUGGAAAACUCCCCUAAGGAUGUAUCCGUCAUUCACAUCCAGGCCCAAGAUCCCGACUCCAGCACCAGUGAAAAACUGACCUACAGGAUUACAAGUGGAAACCCUCAGAACUUCUUCGCUAUCAAUCCAAAAACAGGUCUGAUUACGACAACAUCAAGAAAAUUGGAUCGAGAGCAGCAGGCAGAGCAUUUUCUCGAGGUGACGGUCACAGAUGGAGGCAUCUCUCCCAAGCAAUCUACUGUUUGGGUGGUGGUUCAAGUUCUGGAUGAAAAUGAUAACAAGCCUCAGUUUCCAGAGAAAGUCUAUCAGAUCAAGUUGCCCGAGAGGGACCGCAAGAAAAGAGGGGAGCCAAUCUACAGAGCUUUUGCAUUUGACAAAGAUGAAGGACCGAAUGCAGAAAUUUCCUACAGCAUCGUGGAUGGAAAUGAUGAUGGGAGAUUUUUUAUUGACCCUAAAACCGGGAUGGUUUCUUCCAGAAAGCAAUUCACAGCAGGGAAUUAUGACAUCUUAACAAUAAAAGCAGUGGACAAUGGACGACCCCAGAAGUCUUCAACUGCGCGCCUCCAUAUUGAGUGGAUUAAGAAACCCGUACCCUCACCUGUAUCACUGACUUUCGAUGAGCCCUUCUACAACUUCACUGUCAUGGAAAGCGAUAAAGUGACAGAAAUUGUGGGAGUGGUCUCUGUGCAACCCGCUAACAUACCUUUGUGGUUUGAUGUAGUCGGAGGGAAUUUCGAUAGUUCUUUCGACGCUGAGAAGGGCGUGGGCACUAUUGUCAUUGCAAAGCCCUUGGAUGCAGAGCAGAGGUCAAUAUAUAACAUGACUGUGGAGGUCACCGAUGGAACAAAUGUUGCAACCACUCAGGUUCUUAUCAAAGUAUUGGAUAACAACGAUAAUGGCCCGGAAUUCUCUCACCCGAGUUACGAUGUCACGAUUUCGGAGGACAUCCUCCCUGAUACUGAGAUAUUGCAGGUCGAAGCUAUAGACAGAGACGAGAAACACAAGUUGAGCUACACUGUUCACAGCAGCAUUGACUCAGUCAGCAUGAGAAAAUUCAGAAUUGACCCCAGCACAGGGGUACUAUACACUGCCGAGAGAUUAGACCAUGAAGCUCAAGAUAAGCACAUCCUUAAUGUAAUGGUUCGAGAUCAGGAGUUUCCCUAUAGAAGAAACCUGGCCAGAGUCAUCAUAAAUGUGGAAGAUUCCAAUGAUCACAGUCCCUACUUCACCAGUCCUUUGUACGAAGCCUCGGUGUAUGAGUCAGCAGCUAUUGGAUCUGCUGUUUUGCAGGUCACUGCUUUGGAUAAAGACAAAGGAGAAAACGCAGAGCUUAUCUACACUAUAGAAGCAGGAAACACUGGGAACACAUUCAAGAUUGAGCCAGUUUUAGGCAUCAUCACAGUAUUGAAGGAACCGGACUUGACAACAAUGGGACAGUUUGUUUUGUCAGUCAAAGUAACUGAUCAAGGUUCACCACCACUGUCUGCAACAUCAAUUGUACGCAUUUCUGUGACCAUGUCAGAUAAUUCCUAUCCAAAGUUCACACACAAGGAAUACCAAGCAGAAGUUAAUGAAAAUGUUAAUAUUGGAACUUCAGUCAUUUUGAUCUCUGCAAUCAGUCAGUCUACAUUAGUUUAUGAGGUCAAGGAUGGGAAUGUGGAUGGAGCCUUUACUAUAAACCCAUAUUCUGGAGUCAUCACCAGUCAAAAGCCACUUGAUUAUGAACGCACUUCCUCUUACCAGCUCAUUGUUCAAGCAACUAACAUGGCAGGCAUGGCAUCAAAUGCCACCAUCAGCAUUCAGAUUGUUGAUGAAAAUGAUAACCUGCCAGUUUUUCUCCUCUCCCAAUACUUGGGCAGCAUAAGUGAAGCUGCUCCUAUAAACAGUAUAGUCCGGAGCUCAGCCAACAACCCACUGGUGAUACGAGCCACGGAUGCCGACAGUAAUCAGAAUGCUUUGCUGGUUUAUCAGAUUGUUGAAUCCACUGCUAAGAAGUACUUCACUGUAGAUUCCAGCACUGGCGCAAUCAGAACAAUCGCAAAUUUAGACCAUGAAACCAUAGCCCACUUCCAUUUCCACGUGCAUGUUAGAGAUAGCGGAAAUCCACAGCUCACAGCGGAGAGUCCAGUCGAAGUUACUAUUGAAGUAACUGACAUCAAUGACAAUCCUCCAGUCUUCAGUCAGGCUGUGUUUGAGACAGUCUUGCUUCUGCCCACUUAUGUUGGUGUAGAGGUUCUUAAAGUCAAGGCUACAGACCCGGAUUCAGAGGUUCCACCUGAACUAACAUACAAUCUGAUUGAAGGCAAUGUGGACCAUUUUUUGAUUGAUUCAAGUACUGGAGUACUCACCAUAAAAAAUAAUACUCUUUCCAAAGAUCACUAUAUGCUUAUAGUAAGAGUGUCUGAUGGGAAAUUUUACAGCACUGCUAUGGUGACCAUAAUCGUAAAAGAAGCCAUGGAUAGUGGGCUCCAUUUUACACAAAGCUUUUAUUCCACAUCUAUCUCGGAGAACAGCACUAAUAUCACAAAGGUAGCUGUGGUGAAUGCUGUUGGAAACCGUCUCAAUGAGCCCUUGAAGUAUGAUAUAUUAAACCCGGGGAACAAGUUCAUGAUCAAAUCCACCUCGGGAGUCAUUGAAACGACGGGCAUCCCCUUUGACAGAGAAAAACAAGAGCUAUAUGAGCUGGUCGUUGAAGCAAGUCGUGAACUAGAUCAUCUGCGUGUGGCCAGGGUGGUUGUCAGAGUUAACAUUGAGGACAUCAAUGACAAUGCUCCGGUGUUUGUAGGGCUGCCUUACUAUGCUGCUGUACAAGUUGAUGCUGAGCCCGGUACCCUAAUAUAUCGAGUGACAGCCAUUGAUAAAGAUAAGGGUGCAAAUGGUGAAGUCUCCUAUCUGUUGAAAGAAAACUAUGGGCAUUUUGAAAUUGACAGACAAACUGGUAGUGUCACUUUAAGAGAAGCCUUCAACUCUGACUUAUCUAAUAUAGAGUAUUUAGUUAUCAUCCUUGCAAAAGAUGGUGGUAAUCCAUCAUUGUCUGCUUCAGUAGAACUUCCUAUUACUAUAGUUAAUAAAGCAAUGCCUGUGUUUGACAAGCCCUUCUAUACAGCUUCUGUAAAUGAAGACAUAGAAAUGCACACCCCAAUUCUUAGCAUAAAUGCAACCAGCCCAGAGGGCCAGGGUAUCAUUUAUAUCAUUGUUGAUGGAGAUCCCUACAACCAGUUUAACAUUGACUUUGACACUGGUGUUCUGAGUGUCAUCAGCCCAUUGGACUAUGAAGUAAAUUCUGUUUUUAAGCUGACAGUACGAGCCAGUGAUGCCCUCACUGGUGCUCGGGCUGAAGUCACUGUGGACUUAAUUAUUAAUGAUGUAAAUGAUAAUCCUCCCGUUUUCGAUCACUCGGCCUAUAAUGCCACCUUAUCCGAAGCAUCUUUGAUUGGGACUCCUGUGUUGCAGGUUGUUGCUACUGAUGCAGACUCUGAAAAUAACAAACUUAUACAGUAUCAGAUUGUCCAGGACUCCUUUAACAGCACUGAUUAUUUUCACAUAGAUAGCACAAGUGGCCUAAUCCUGACAGCCCGUAUGUUGGAUCAUGAACUAUUACAGCAGUGCAGCUUAAAAGUCAGGGCAGCUGAUAAUGGAUUCCCACCACUGAGCAGUGAAGUUCUCGUUAGUAUUUAUGUGACAGAUAUGAAUGACAACCCUCCAGUUUUUAACCAGUUAAUAUAUGAAUCUUACAUGAGUGAACUGGCCCCUAGGGGCCAUUUUGUGACUUGUGUCCAAGCUUCUGAUGCUGACAGCUCUGAUUUUGACAGACUGGAGUACAGUAUUUUGUCUGGAAAUGAUCGGACCAGCUUUAUAAUGGACAGCAAGAGUGGCAUUAUAACUCUGUCUAACCAUCGGAAACAGAGGAUGGAGCCAAUGUAUAGCUUAAAUGUCUCUGUCUCGGAUGGAUUGUUCACCAGCACAGCUCAGGUGCAUAUCCAGAUCCUUGGUGCUAACCUCUAUAGCCCCGUGUUUUCACAGAGUAUUUAUGUGGCAGAGGUAAGAGAAAAUGCUGCCCCUGGAACUAAGGUAAUCCAUGUAAAAGCGACAGAUGGAGAUUCUGGUAUAUAUGGCCAGAUAAACUACUCCAUAAUAAAUGAUUUUGCCAAGGACCGAUUCUUAAUUGAUAACAAUGGACAGAUCCUAACAAGUGAGAAAUUGGACCGAGAGAACCCUUUGGAAGGGGAUAUCAGUAUAUUUUUGAGGGCCCUGGAUGGAGGUGGGAGAACAACUUUCUGCACCGUGAGAGUGAUCGUAGUGGAUGAGAAUGACAAUACUCCCCAGUUUAUGACAAUAGAAUACAGAGCAAGUGUCAAAGCAGAUGUUGGAAAAGGUCAUUUGGUCACCCAAGUGCAAGCAUUAGAUCCAGAUGAUGGAGCUAAUUCAAGAAUCACCUAUUCAUUGUAUAGUGAAGCCUCUGUUUCAGUGGCAGAUCUGCUUGAAAUUGAUCCUGACAAUGGAUGGAUGGUCACCAAAGGUAACUUUAACCAGCUGAAAAACACUGUUCUGUCAUUCUUUGUCAAAGCAGUUGAUGGUGGCAUUCCCAUGAAGCAUUCCCUUAUUCCUGUCUAUAUCCAUGUUUUACCUCCAGAAGCUCUUUUGCCUUCCUUUUCCCAACCCCAAUAUUCUUUUACAAUACCAGAAGACACUGUCAUAGGAAGCACCCUUGACAUUUUGCAUGUUUUGCCAAGCCAGGGUGCUGUAUAUAGCACCAUUAAUGGUGAAUUAGCUGAAAACAACAAAGAAGGGAUUUUCAUCAUAGACCAAGACACUGGAAUCAUAAAGCUAGAUAAGAGACUUGACCAUGAGACAAAUCCUGCUUUUCACUUUAAAGUUGCAGCCACCAUACAGCUAGACAAAGUGGACAUUGUAUUAACUGUGGAUGUGGAGGUUAAAGUGUUGGAUGUAAAUGACAACAAGCCUGUGUUUGAAGCUGCCAACUAUGAAGCUGUAAUAAUGGAAGGGAUGCCAACAGGGAUUAAUCUUAUCCAAGUUAAAGCAAUUGAUGCAGACUGGGGUGCAAAUGGGCAAGUCACGUAUACUCUUUCAGCAGAAUCAGAGCUGGACAAGAUCAUGGAAGCCUUCACAAUUGAUGGCAACAGUGGGUGGAUCAGCACAUUGAAGGACCUAGAUCAUGAAAAGAAUCCCACUUUUACUUUUGCAGUGGUGGCUUCAGAUCUGGGAGAAGCUUUUUCCCUUUCAUCCACCAUCUUGGUCUCUGUCACUGUGACAGACAUAAAUGACAAUGCACCAAUCUUUGAACACGAGGUGUACAGAGGAUCCGUGAAAGAGAGUGACCCUCCUGGUGAAGUUGUGGCAGUUCUCAGCACAUGGGAUGAAGACACAUCUGAAGUCAACCGGCAGGUUAGCUAUCAUAUCACAGGAGGGAAUCCCAAAGGGAAGUUCGCCUUGGGACUGGUUCAGAAUGAAUGGAAGGUUUACGUGAAGAGACCACUAGAUCGGGAAGAACAAGACAUUUAUUUUCUGAACAUCACUGCUACCGAUGGCCUCUUUGUAACACAAGCUGCUGUGGAAGUGACGGUCACUGAUGUUAAUGAUAAUAGUCCUGUCUGUGAUCAGUUUGCAUAUGCAGCAUUAUUUCCUGAAGACAUUCCAUCAAACAAAGUCAUCCUUAAGAUCAGUGCCCAGGAUGCAGACAUCGGAUCCAAUGGUGAAAUUCGCUAUUCGCUGUUUGGACCUGGGAACAAUAAAUUUUUUUUAGAUCCAGAAAGCGGUGAGUUGAAAACCUUGGCCCUUUUAGACAGAGAGAAAAUCCCUGUGUACAACUUGAUUGCCAGGGCAACAGAUGGCGGUGGCAGGUUCUGCCAGUCAGAAAUCCAUCUUUUCCUGGAAGAUGUUAAUGAUAAUCCACCAAUGUUUUCUACUGAUUAUUACACUGCAUGUGUCUAUGAGAAUACAGCCACUAAAGCUUUGUUAACCAGAGUUCAGGCCACGGAUCCUGAUGUAGGUGUGAACAGAAAGGUGGUCUAUUCCCUAGCAGACUCCGCAGAUGGUUACUUCUCUGUGGAUAGGUCAUCAGGGAUCAUUAUUUUGGAGCAUCCACUUGAUAGAGAGCUGCAGCCUUCCUAUAACAUCAGCGUAAAAGCAUCAGACCAGAGCCUUGUGUUAUCCCUGUCUUCAUUUGCCACAGUUACCAUUACAGUGCUGGAUAUUAAUGACAACCCUCCUGUGUUUGAGAGAAGAGACUACCUUGUUACAGUGCCUGAAGAUACCUCACCUGGCACCAAAAUACUGGCUGUUUUUGCAACAAGCAAAGACAUUGGUACCAAUGCAGAGAUUACCUACCUCAUCAGGUCUGGAAACGAGAAAGGGAAAUUCAGGAUCAACUCAAAGACGGGAUCCAUUUCUGUAAUUGAAGCCCUGGACUAUGAAAUGUGUAAGGAUUUUUACCUAAGAGUGGAAGCAAAAGAUGGAGGUACGCCAGCCCUAAGUGCUGUUACUACAGUGAACAUAAAUGUAACAGAUGUGAAUGACAAUGCACCAAAAUUUAAUCAAGAGGCCUACAGUGCAGUCAUCAGUGAAGAUGCUUCAGUUGGUGAUUCCGUGAUUAUGUUGAUAGCAGAAGACCAGGAUAGUCCUACCAAUGGCCAGAUUCAUUUUUCCAUAGUGAAUGGUGAUCGGGACAAUGAAUUUUCAGUUGAUCCUGUUUUGGGACUUAUAAAGGUUAAAAAGAGAUUGGACAGAGAAAGGGUGUCUGGAUAUUCACUAGUUAUUCAGGCAAGAGACAGUGGCAUCCCUCCUUUGUCAUCAUCUGUAACGGUCAACAUAGACAUUUCUGAUGUGAACGAUAAUAGCCCUGUAUUUACACCGGCCAACUAUACAGCUGUAAUUCAAGAGAAUAAACCCAUGGGCACAAGUAUUUUGCAGCUGGUAGUGACAGACAACGAUUCUUUUCACAAUGGCCCCCCGUUUACCUUCACCAUUCUGACUGGCAAUGAAGAGGAGGAAUUUAUGUUGGACCCACAUGGAGUUUUGAGAUCUGCAGUUAUCUUCAGGCACAUGGUAGCAACUGAAUACAUGCUCUGUGUGCAGGCUAAAGAUUCUGGGAAGCCUCAACAGGUGUCCCACACUUACAUUCAAGUGCGGGUUAUUGAAGAAAGCAUUCACAAACCAACAGCCAUUCCACUGGAGAUCUUUAUAGUCACCAUGGAAGAUGACUUUCCAGGGGGUGUCAUUGGAAAGAUUCAUGCCACAGAUCAAGAUGUGUAUGAUGUUCUCACUUACACCCUGAAGUCAGAGCAGAAAAGUCUGUUCAAGGUUAACAGCCAUGAUGGCAAGAUCAUUGCCCUGGGAGGGCUAGAUAAUGGCAAGUACACAUUGAAUGUGUCCGUCAGCGAUGGCCGGUUCCAAGUGCCCAUCGAUGUUGUCGUCCACGUGGAACAGCUGAUACAAGAAAUGCUGCAGAACACGGUCACCAUCCGAUUUGAGAACGUUUCCCCUGAAGAUUUUGUGGGGCUCCACAUGCAUGGGUUCAGGCGCACCUUGCGGAAUGCUGUGCUCUCGCAGAAACAAGAUAGCCUGCACAUUAUCAGCAUUCAGCCUGUGGCAGGCACCAAUCAGCUUGACAUGCUGUUUGCAGUUCAGAUGCACACCAGUGGAUUCUAUAAGCCUGCUUAUUUGAUUCAGAAGCUUACCAAUGCAAGGAGACACUUAGAAAAUGUGAUUCGCAUCUCGGCUAUCUUGGAGAAGAAUUGUUCUGGACUGGAUUGUCAGGAGCAGCACUGUGAACAAAGCCUGUCUAUUGAUUCCCAUUCCCUGAUGACCUAUAGCACAGCGCGAAUUAGUUUUGUGUGUCCCCGUUUCUACAGAAAUGUACGCUGCACAUGUAAUGGAGGGCUGUGUCCUGGGUCCAGUGAUCCCUGUAUGGAGAAGCCGUGUCCAGGGGACAUGCAGUGUGUGGGGUACGAAGCUAGUCGAAGACCAUUCAUCUGCCAGUGCCCACCAGGGAAGCUCGGAGAAUGUUCAGGGCACACUUCCCUUAGCUUUGCUGGGAAUAGUUACAUCAAAUACCGGGUUUCUGAAAAUAGCAAGAAAGAAGAAUUCAAGCUGGCUCUGCGUCUGCGAACCUUGCAAAGCAAUGGGAUUAUAAUGUACACCAGAGCAAAUCCCUGUAUAAUUCUGAAGAUCAUGGAUGGCAAAUUGUGGUUCCAGUUGGACUGUGGAAGUGGCCCGGGAAUCCUGGGAAUUUCUGGCAGGACUGUUAAUGAUGGGAACUGGCACUCGGUCUUCCUGGAGCUCAAUCGGAAUUUCACAAGUUUGUCACUUGAUGACAGUUACGUGGAGCGGCGCAAAGCCCCCCUCUACUUCCAGACUCUGAGUACAGAUAGCUCUGUCUACUUCGGAGCCCUGGUGCAAGUGGAUAAUGUCCGGAGCCUGACUGACAAGAGGACAACCCAGGUCUUGAGUGGUUUUCAGGGCUGCCUGGAUUCUGUUAUCCUGAAUAACAAUGAACUGCCGCUCCAAAACAAGCGCAGCAGCUUUGCAGAAGUGGUUGGCCUGACUGAAUUAAAGCUUGGCUGCGUUCUGUACCCUGAUGCAUGUGAGAGGAAUCCUUGCCAGAACGGAGGGAGCUGUACUAGUUUGCCAUCUGGUGGUUAUCAGUGUAGUUGCCUCUCUCAAUUCACAGGAAGAAACUGUGAAUCUGAGAUCACAGUGUGCUUUCCAAAUCCAUGUCGGAAUGGAGGGUCGUGUGACCCGAUAGGCAAUGCCUUCAUCUGCAAUUGCAAAAAUGGACUGACAGGAGUAACGUGCGAAGAUGAUGUCAACGAAUGUGAAAGAGAGGAAUGUGAAAAUGGCGGCUCCUGCAUCAAUGUUUUUGGCUCGUUUCUAUGUAACUGCACUCCUGGGUACGUGGGGCAGUAUUGUGGCCUCAGGCCUGUGGUGGUACCCAACAUACAAGCCGGACAUUCCUACGUCGGCAAAGAAGAGCUAAUAGGAAUAGCAGUCGUCCUUUUUGUCAUCUUUGUGUUGAUCAUCCUGUUUAUAGUUUUCCGCAAGAAAGUGUUCAGGAAAAAUUACUCACGCAACAAUAUCACCCUGGUCCAGGACCCGGCUACUGCUGCUCUGCUCAACAAGAGCAACGGGAUCCAGUUCAAGAACCUAAGGAACAGUGGGGACAGUCGCAAUAUCUACCAAGAGGUAGGGCCACCGCAAGUCCCUGUGAGGCCCAUGGCUUACACCCCUUGCUUCCAGAGUGACUCGCGGAACAAUUUAGACAAGAUAGUGGAUGGCCUUGGAGUUGAGCAUCAGGAGAUGACGACGUUUCAUCCAGAGUCUCCUCGUAUACUAACAGCAAGGCGGGGUGUGGUGGUGUGCAGCGUGGCUCCCAACCUGCCAGCCGUGUCUCCCUGUCGAUCCGACUGUGACUCCAUCAGGAAGAGUACCUGGGACGGCGGUACUGAAAGUAAAGAGGUUGAUGACGCUGAAGAGGUGACCUGUUUUGCCGGAAGUAAUAAAGGCAGCAACUCUGAAGUUCAGUCCCUCAGCUCCUUCCAGUCAGACUCAGGUGAUGAUAAUGCUUAUCAUUGGGACACCUCUGACUGGAUGCCCAACGCUCGUUUGUCUGACAUUGAGGAAGUGCCCAAUUAUGAAACAGCAGAUGGAGGCUCGGUGCAUCAUGGCAGUAACAGGGAGCUGGAAACUGAUUACUACCUUGGUGGCUAUGACAUUGACAGCGACUAUCCUCCUCCUCAUGAAGAGGAGUUUUUAAGUCAGGACCAGUUACCGCCUCCGCUCCCAGAGGACUAUCCAGACCAAUAUGAAACCCUUCCGCCAUCACAGCCAGUCUCAAUGGCUAGCACACUCAGCCCAGAUUGCAGACGGCGGCCACAGUUCCACCCUAGCCAAUACCUCCCUCCUCAUCAGUUCCCCAACGAGAUGGACACUGCUGGGUCUCAGACUGUGAAUGAAUUUAGUACUUUUGCUGUUGUCCCAGGCCAGAGUGUGGAAAACGUUAGUGCAGGUAAGAUGCCCUUAUCCUUACACAACUCUCUGGAUGCCUCCUCAUCUGACAUCUCAGCCAGCUGUGGCUUUGACGAUUCCGAAGUAGCCAUGAGUGACUUUGAAAGUGUGGAGGAGCUCAUCCUAGAUAACGUUCACAUUCCAUUUGUGGAGACCCAGCAUCAGACACAAGUGUAAAGGAGACUUUUUUUCUGGUGGUCAUUUGGUCCAAUUAACAGUAUAAAUACUGAGAAGACAUUUUGGUAAAGAUGUAUCUAUGUAUAUUGGGGAAGGCAGAAAUCCAGGAUAAUCUAUUAACUUGUUCAGAAAUGAUACUGUAUGUGCAGACACAAAGAGACCAGUUAUGUUAAGCUGUAUGCCACAAAAUUGUUACAGACAAUCUGGAGAAUAUGUACCAUCUAUUUAUUACCAAGAGUACACUCACCGAGUUUCUGAGAGGGGAAACGAUUUCACCUUUUAAGUUCCCUUUCUUCACCUGCUGUUUAUUUGGUAUUGUAUUAUUAAAAGUGUUACAAUCUCUCCCUGCAGUAUUAACAAAGGGGAGGAUGAUUCCAAGAGGCACCAUUGCACGACAUUUUAGGUCAGCUAAAGAGUGAAAGAAUUUGGUCAUAUGCAAAACAAUUCCAUUGGUUUUAUUAAAAAAGCAUUUAAAAGACAACUUAUCGACAUGGAUCUCUGUCCAUAAAUAACUAUUUAUUUAUAGUUUUGUUUAUAUAUCACAUCGAAUCCUAGCUUGUGUGCAUAGAGUAAGACAAAUAUAUACAUUAUAUAUUAUACACCAAAUUAGACUAGGUUGGUUGCCAUUAUUCAAACUUACUUUCAGAUGUUUGUGUAUACAUUGAAUUAUGAGACUUUCCAAAUAUUGUGACAUUUAACCCUUGUGAGUUUGACUCACUAAUGGCCAAAUUCUGCCCUUAGAUACACAUGUGUAACUCCCAAUGACUUGUGUACCGAAUGUGGCCACGUAUCUGAGAACGGAACUGAACCUGAACUACCACAUUUUGCUGCUUUUAUUUUGGGCUUCCUUGCAGCUUUUUAACAGCAGUCAUAAUGCUGUCAUAGUCCAGUUAAAUUAGUUUGCAUACGCAUUCUACUAUAAUCUUAAAUUGCUAGAUCAACAACAGUUGAAAAAUGUCCUGCCCUUGAGUUUGUGGAACAGAUCCUCAGCUGGUGUAGUGAAUGGAGGUAUGUUAAUUUACAUCAACAUCAGCUGAGUAUCCGGCCCUGUAUUCCCUCAGAACUCCCAAAUAAUAUUCACAGAGUUAAAAGCACUUUUGUAUAAUACUGUAAAAUGCAAAAACAAGACCUCAGGUUAAUUUUGGCAUUUCACAUUAAUCAUCCAGAGCAGGUUAAAUGCAAUAUGGAAAUCUGUUUUUUCCACUCACUGCAGUAAAAAUCUAUAUGUGCCCUUUACUCAAUGCUGUGAAAAUAUUUUCACUACAGUUAUGAGUAGUUCUACAGCAUUUGUACAUCUCUGUGGCUAUACGUUGUACAUUGAAUAGGAGGAAGUCUCCACUUUGCAUUAAUGUUUUAUUAUCCACAUACUUCCCUAGCAGAACUCAGUCAUUCUGAAAGUUUAUUGGAUAGGUAGAAGUUAUGGAUGAAUGGAUGCUCUAACAGGUUUUUCAUGCUGCUGCCUUAUCCUGUUUCUUGGUCAAAUAAGUUAACUGGAUCGUUUUUAGGAAGAGAGAUUCUCGACUGAACUGAAUUUUACCCAUUCGGUUGUCAUAAGUCAGUCUUAUUUCUUACCAUACAGCUGGUGAUUAUUCACAAGUUGCCUCAAAAGAAAACAGAUGAUUGAGAAUGUUACUUAAAUAGUUGUGUAGCUUGUGACACUUUUAAUAAAACAUGGUCUCUAAACUUUGCAGUGUAACCUGAUAAUUCAGUGCUUCCCUCCAGUAUAUCAUAUAUCAGUAGCAGAUUGGUUUUACUUUGGAUCAUGCAACAAUUCUUCAUUAGAAAACAAUCCAGUUACAGUAUGCAGAGGUACAUAAUUAAUCAAGUGGACUUUAGGCAAGAGAAUGUACUGCACAUACAAGUAUUAUGAAGUAAUUGCCUGCAUAUAGUUCGUGUUCAUUGAAUUUAUGAAUGUCACUUGGUCUCCUCAAAGCAGACGUGCUUCUGUAAGAGUGAUAUGUUCUAAAUGUGUUCAUGGUACAUUUUGAUUCCCUUUCCCUCCCACUCUCCCACCAUUUUUAAAAAAAAUACAGAUUUCAAAUAGAUCAUGAUUGCAAGGAAAAUGAGGGACUUCCCUACACACCAUGAAAUAGUUUGGCUACGGCCAAGGCACAGAUUUAGUUAUGCAGCAUGACCAUGCCUUGCUUACAAAGUUUACAUGGCAGAGAAGUGGUUGCAAGGAAUAGAUUAGUAUUACUUCAAGGAUAGGAAUAUUUGAGUUUUAACAAAUGUAAAAAGCUGCAAGUUUAGCUGUUGUGCAAUAGUUUUAAUGCUGAUAUGAAUUUCUAUGAAUUUAAUACUCUUUUAGCACAUGGCUGUGGCAUACAUGGGGUUUGCUUCAAGUCAACUCUCAAUGUACCACAUUUUGAACUAUUAUGCAAUGAAUUCUCUUUUUGCCCCCAACUAGUUAUUAAAUAUACUCACCAUCUUCAUCUGUAGAAACCAUCUUUGGGUAAUAGAUACACUGGUAUCUAAGUUAUUUUCCUUAUAGGGACAUAUCAAAAGUGUCACAAAGGGAAACGCAAUUGUAACAUAGCAAUUGCCGUACCAGAAAAGACCAAUGGUUCUUACUAAGCUUGUUGCCUCAGUAAUAUCUUGUGGGCAGUGAGUUUGACUGGUAAAAUACACGUAGCUUCAGUAUAUACUUCCUUUUCUGUCUUUUAAAUUUUGUUACCAUUUCAUUUAGUCAAGCACCAAUUUGUUAAUGUGCUAUGGAGAAGGGGAUAUAGGAGCACAUGAUUAACCUUCUCUGUACCAUUCAUGAUUUUAUAUACCUCAAUAUCUCCUCCUCUCCAAACUAAAUAGACCUCCUGUAUUCAGUCUUUCCUCAGACAGAAACCCCGCAAUGCCUGUCCCCACUUUUGUUGCCUUUCUGGUUCUCUUCUAGUUCUUUUCAGUGACCAAACUUGAAUGCAGAUCUCCAGGUGAAAACCUUCCCAAGCAUUACAGCGUGCAAUAACACUCUCACAUUACUUUCUGUCUCCUUGUUAAUACAACUCAGCCUCUUCUUUGCUUUUUUAAUUAAUGGUGUGCUUUAAUUAACUCUGAUAUGAACCAAAUGAGUGCAUGAGUAGGUAGUUUACACUGUUCCAUCCGAUGUAGGUUACUCUGUCGUAUGAUGGGGGGUUUUCUGUUGCUGUCUUCUCAGCUGCCUCGUUAGGCCUUUCCUCAGAAUCCCUGCUAGUCUUGACUAACUCUCACUGUGCCUGUAAAGUGUCACAAUUCACAUUCCUGUAGAUGUCUCCACUACAUGAUAUUUCCCUUCAGAUUCUUCUGUAAAGACUUUUCACAGAACGACUACAAUAUCAAAUGAUGCUAUUCCAUGGCAAAACCACAGUCCUUUAUGAUAAAUACACUCUUCGCUUUUAUUUUUAUUUUUUUUAAAAAGGCAGCAACUACUCAGAAAAUAAAUUCAUAUCUUUAUCAGAAUUUCUUAGGCUGCCAAGAUGCUUGUGGGUCUAACUUACAUGAUGCAUAUGUUCUAUUUUUGACAAAGGGUCAGAUUCUCAUUUACACCAAUGCUCCUUUAAGAGCCUUAAAGUGGGUGUCAAUGCCAUUUACACUGCCAAGACCCUCUAAAGUGGCCCUAGCGUAAAGGAGGAUCUGGCAAACAUGGUGGUUUUUUUUAAUUAUUAUUAACAUUUUGCCUCCAAUUUAUGAGCUUCUGAGGGGAAAAAAACAAGUACUCCUGCUCUGGCUCCUUUACACUGGGUAAAAGGCCAAAGUGGUGUACAGGGACCCUAAAAGUCCCAUAUAAAGGUGGGGGAGGAUUCGCCUGGCACAAGCACUGCAGGAGGCAACCAUAGGGCUGACCUUCCAGGUCCUUUCUCAAGGCAAGGUUUGGAAGACAGGAGCAGCCCAUGGUCAAGAAGACACAAAGGUGGUUUAGAGACCCCAGCUCCACCUGGGCUGCACCUCUCAGAGGCACAGCACAGAAUCUCACCCUGAGCAUGUUUCUUAGAGUUGUUUAACUUUGAUCCUCAACAAAAAGAAUUCUAGCCUGUUAUAAAGCCUACGAUGUGUUACAUGACAAUUGUUGUCAUGCCUCAAUACAAGUUUCAAUGGAAAAGGCAGGUCUAACAGGAAUAGUAUAUAUAUACACACUUGUGUAGCAAGUCAUACUCCUGUUUGAAAAUCAUACCAUGAUAUUUAAACCCCACAACCCAGGAGCGACUCAAGGUGUGGUGGACCAUUACUGUUGAUUACUGCAAUGCUUUCUUUAAAAGGCUGGUGUCAUUCAUAAUUAAGGAAAACAGUUAUUUUAAACCAAUAGAGGAAAUGCAUCUUUGUUAGAUCAAUAUUACCAUUUUAGCCUUUUUUUUAAUUAUUACAUGAGUGAUUAUGGAAGUUAAAAGUUUCUAAAGGGGAGAGAGACUUCUUUAGAUUUGUGAUGGUACAUGCUCUAUGGUAUAGUUCUCUGCUUUUUUGCCAGUUUGCAUCUCUGUCCUCUCAGUACACAUCAGUGAUACAACAAGCCCUAGAAAUUAACAGUAUUCGCAUUACUAUCCAUUGCCUUUAGCCUGUAGUCUGUAAACUUGACCUACAAAGUCACCCAUUAACAGAAGGGGCAUUGAUUUACCUAUAGCCACAUCUUAUGGGGGAGGAACAGGUGGGUGGGCGGGAAAAGAAUAAAACGAAAUUCAUUUCUUUAUGUAAUAACAAAAAGCAAUAAUUACAAAUACGUAGUAUUACGCGAAGGCCAUAACUUGUCGUUACCAGUGUUAAGGAUGCACUUGAAUUGUAUUACGGGAAUGAGAUUGGAACCCUCAGUACUGUAAUUAUACUUCCGUCAUAUGAAUACCUGAAUUGCUACUAUUUAACAAUUUUAUGAGCCCAUACUACUGCUUUUCAGGAAGUGACAAAUGCAUUUGGGAAAUGGAAGCAGUUCUCUUUAAAGCACUGUAUCAGAAAGAUUGUCUUGUAAAUUUUACCUGUUGCAAGCAGGCUGGUUUGUAAAAGAUGUAUGUUUUGGUGUUUAAAAAGAAGUUUAUAAAAAUAAUGUAUAUAAUGGUUUCAAAUUACCAGGCUUUUGUAGAUAUUUGAUGCCAAUCAGGUCGCUUUAAAUUUUUGUUUGAUAUAAUUAAAAGAAAGUCAUCCAAGUUGGUUUAAACUUUUAAGGUAAUGGCAAAAAAAACAACAAAAAAAGUUUUAGAUUUGAAAAAAAUGGUAAUUUUUACUCAUUUCAAAUGUACUGUAACUUUCCUUUUGGUUCAGCUCUUUUCAUUUAACUUUUCUGUUUUUAAGAAGAUGUUUUUUAUUGACUUUUUUUAAAUCAGUGUGUUUUGCACAAAGACUUAGAGACAUGAUUUUUAUGCCAAGUCAAGUAGCUGUUAAAAUACAUCAUUUCUUCAUCGA